UCAAGUUAUAUGAGAAGACAAGUAUGGUCGUGUCCGCACUUAUGGGUUAGGACCAUCUCCAUCUGAUUUGUGGGGUACAACAUCCAGCCAACAAAGGAUGACUUUCAUUGAUCAGAGGAGAUAUGAAAGAUAUGAGGAACUACAUGCUGAUAUAGUCUCUCUUAAAGAAAAUAUAGCUGCACUCUCAUCCUUAAGAGAAGCUGAAAUGUCAUCCCUUAAAGAAACUAUGGUUGAAAUCUCAUCCGCAAGAGAUGCUGAAAUUUCUUCCUUGAAAGAAACUUUGAUGAAAUUGAUAGCCACUAUGAAUAAUGCAAACAAUAACCCACCCACAGUAUUCAGUGCUGCAGCUAGUUCUAACAUGAACCAACUGUCCUCAUCAUCAAGUCAUUGGGUGAACUCUCAGAAACACUCGACGAAUAAGGGGAAGACCACGAGUUACACUAGCGCUGGGGAUGUGACUAGAGUUCUUCUUACAAGUGUUGUCAAACCCGGAGUUACUAUUGCUAAAGGAAUUGUUUGGAGCAAGGAUCCGCUCACAAAAGUAGGGGGGCACGAACUUGGAAUUGGUUUUUGGGAAGUAUUAAUUCAUGUGGCAAUAGUACGGGAACAAUAUAAAACAAUUGGGGAUGCUAUUGGAACGAGUAUUGUUUGA